UUAUAGUGAUAUCCUGGGUCACCGUAGAAGAUCUUUUCCUUUGAAAGCUAAUAUUUAAAGCAGUUUUCUGCAGAAGCAGAGUUCCCUGGUUGCAUCAUCACUCCACCCCACUCUCUCUUUCAUUUAAGUAAAGGGGAAACAACCAGCAAUUGUUCAUGCAAAGACGCUGUGUGGAGCUUGAUAAUACGCCUGCAGGAAGGACAGACAAGAAAGGACUAAAAAUGGCUAACAACAGUGUGGCGCAGAUUACCAACUCGACGCAGACAGACUUAUCAGGCAUUGAAAUCUUCAAUAUUUUCAUAUACUUUGUCGUAUUUGCUGUGGGUAUUGUUGGAAAUGGGCUCGUCAUAUAUGUGACCGGCUACAAAAUGAAGACGACCGUCAACUCCAUCUGGUUUCUCAACCUGGCGAUCGCGGACUUCAUCUUCAUCUUAAUCAUCAUCUUCUACAUUGUUCGUGCCAUUAAGAAGGUUUGGCUCUUUGGUGACUUCAUGUGCAAGUUUGUCUCCUUCGUGGCGGUGCUAAACAUGUUUGCCAGCAUCUUUUUGCUCACGGCUAUCAGUCUGGACCGAUGCCUGUCCACCUGGGUGAUAGUUUGGGCUCAAAACAAACGAACUCUGGUCAAAGCCAGGAUCAUCUGUUCACUCACGUUUUUAGUGGGCUUUCUCAUCCCCUUCCUGAUCAUCGCAUCUUCGUACAUUGCUAUCGGAUUCUUGCGUAUAAAUGGGUGGACCAACGCUGCAAGCGAGUUCAAAAAAAUUGGACCGUUCGUUAACUGCGUGGCUCAUCUAAACAGCUGUCUGAACCCCAUUCUCUAUGUGUUCAUGUGCGAGGAGUUUAAGAAGAAGCUCAAACAGUCUCUGCUGCUGGUGCUGGAGACGGCUUUCGCUGAGGAACACCUGCCUUUCCGAACAUCUCGUCCUUCCACAUGUUCGCGUCUCUCAGAAUCGCAAAAUUUCAAGCAGAAUAACGAAACAAUCGUCUCGUCAGGCGGCUGCAGCCAGGACAACAAUACAUGCUGUUAGAAAAUCAGCCUCAGAGAUAUUCGUUCCUUAAGUUAGAUUGAAACGAUCAGAUAAAUCACUCAACAUCAUUGCCUUGAUGCCUGCCUGAGGUUCAGUGCCAAUUUGUGUUAAAGAUUUUUAAACGCCAUCAAACUAAAAACAGCCACUUUUCAUUGUUGACUUUCACGCGCCCCUAUUUUUCAUUGGCUGGACAAAAUGAUAACCCCGCCUCAAACUCACACCAUUGGUUGAAUAAAUUGUUGCUGCUUAGUUGUAUUGAAAGCAAUUUGCAUUGUUUAUGCUUUUUGUGGAAAACAUACAAAUGAUUUGUCUUUGUUUAUCAAAGUGUAUUUUGUAGAAAACUUUUAUUAUUUUCAAUACUUUAUGUUGACUUGUUCGACGCAACGUUUUAACCCCAUUGUAAUUCUGUCAAUUUAAUGCUAGUAUCUAUUUUGCGAUGAUAAUCUGUUUUAAACAUUCUGCCUGUAGUCUUCCUCAGUUUUUUAUAAAUACAGUUUUUAUGCUAUUUCUGUCUCACUUAUUACUAGGCAUUAAAUAGUCGCGUUAUUCUUUUUUUUAUUAAUGUACAUUUAACAUCACUGCGCUAUAAUAAUAAAAAUAAUAAUAAUAAAAAUACAGAAACACACUAACACACAAAACACAUGAUGAUCUAUCUAUCUAUCUAUAACCACAUGAUCACAUUUCAGUGACUGUAUGAACUCAGAAACCUGGACUUCGGUUCGUUGUGCACAUUUAGCAGCCCAGAGUCAUAAGCACUAUGCUAUUAACAAGUAUGACAUGUGUUUAUGUUAUAAUAUCAACAAUGCAUUGAGCAGCUGGCAGUACUGAAAUACACUUCCUCUUACGGUGAGGAGCUACUGAAGGAGGUGUUCCAGAAAGCAAGGUUCAUUUAUCAAGAUAUGCUUGUGAAUGUGUCCGGGAGUAAGUUCAUUCAACAUAGAGUUUGUUCCUGGUUAGUUAGUCUCUAUGGAAAC